AAAGGGCGAAAAUGUACGAAUUACAGAUAGAUGAUAAGUAUUAAUUAAUAAAUUUAGUUGGCGCGUUUCGCUCUUAUAAACGGAACCAUGGAUAUUGAAGAAUCUCCGGAAGGCCGCGUUUCUUAUAGAGAACAAACUCGAAAUCGAAGACAUUCUACUCAACGAUUGGUAUUAAUAACAAUUGUAUGUUCAAUAUUACUAUCACUGAUAUUUACAAUUAGUUAUUUCAGUGCAACAAAUGACACAAAAAGUGCAGACGUGUGCCUCACACCAGAAUGUAUACAGGAAGCGGCCACGACUCUAGAAUUUAUAGACACUGACGUAAAUCCCUGUGAUGACUUUUAUAAAUUUUCAUGUGGAAAUUACUUGAAAACUAAACGAAUCCCUGACAAUGAAAUGAUUGUUAGUGUUUUAGGUGACAUUGAUGAUAAAUAUCGAGAACAAUUAAGGGCUAUAAUUGACUAUAAUAUUUUUCCAUCUAAUGUGUCACCUUUUUCGAUUCUUCACACUUUUUAUGAAAAUUGCAUGGAUAAAAACGGAAUUGAAAAAAUAGGCUUGCGGACAAUUUCAAAAAUUUUCAAAGAUCUUGGAGGAUGGCCCGUUGUGGAAGGAGACUCGUGGUCAAGUAACAAUAGUUGGGUCGAUACAAUAGGUUCAUUUAUAAAAAGAGGAUUUUCGACAGAAUAUCUUUUUCAAUUUGGCAAUGGUGUCAACUUUACAAACACUAAUCAACAUUUAUACUAUAUUGAUCAUCCAAAAUUAGGACUCUCUACUCCAUUUCUAAUAAGAGAAUUUAAUGACACGUUUGUUAGAGCUUAUUAUAAAUAUAUGAUUGAUGUUGCUGUUCUAUUAGGUGCCAAUAAAACUAGAGCUCAGAAAGAAAUGAGGGAUUUGAUGGAAUUUCAUAUAGAACUUGCAAAAAGUUUCAAGUCACCUGAAGAUCAACGAAACAUCUCUCUUUACAACAAUCCAAUGACAAUGAGUGAAAUUGAAGAAAAGUAUGGAAAUAUUCCCUGGAACGAUUAUUUCCUUAAAGUUUUUCAAAAUGCAAUUUCGCUGAAGAAAGACGAUGUCCUCUUGGUCUACGAUCCCCCAUACUUGUCAAAAUUGAACAACAUACUACAGAAGACAGAUGAAAGAACUCUAAUUAAUUUCAUUUUCUGGAGGUCAAUCGAGUCAGUCGUGAAAUAUCUGCCUGGUGUGGUUCGAGAGGCGGAAUUAAAUUUUAAAAUCGUCAGAGAAGGAAUACUUGAAACAAGUCCCAGAUGGAAAGAGUGCAUCGACAAUUCAAUAGAAUUAAUAGAUCCCAUUGUUACUUUUGUAUACUACCAGACAUAUUUCAAUCAAACUAUUCUCAACCAAACUAUUGCACAGUCUACCAAAACUUUGGUUCAUCAAAUUCAUCAAGAAUUUCUCAAUAUGCUCGAAAAGCUCGACUGGAUGGAUGAGAAGACAAAGGAAAAAGCCCUGGAGAAAGCAAGAGCAAUGAACAUGCAAAUUGCUGAUGAAAAUAAAGUUCAAAGUUUGGAGCGCUUGAAAAUUAAAUACAAGAGUUUAAAAUUAAAGUCCGAUGGGGACUAUCUUCAAUCGUAUUUAUCUAUUCCAAAAGCGGAGCAGGAAAUGUCCAAUGUCAAUAAUUCAGAAAAUGAACAUCAGAAACUGAAAUUUCUGACUGUGGAAGGACCUGCACUACUCAAUCCCACAUACAGCCUCUUUCAAAAUCAAAUAUACAUUCCAGCUGGUAUUCUUCAAGAUCCUUUCAUGAACGACAAGCGACCUCAGUAUAUAAACUAUGCGAAUCUUGGUUUUGUAGUUGGGCACGAAAUUACCCAUGGUUUUGGAGAUCAAGGCCAUGAGUUUGAUAAAAGUGGUCAUUUUUACGAUUGGUGGGAUAAAACCACCAAGCAGCAGUUUAUAGAAAAAACAAAAUGUCUUGUUUAUCAAUAUGGAAAUUUUAGUAAGGAUGAAAUCGGAGAAAAGUUAAAUGGAAUUGUGUCUCUCGGUGAGAAUAUGGCGGAUAAUGGUGGAAUAAAAGUGUCGCACAUAGCAUAUAAAAAAUGGAUUAAAGAAAAUGGCCCUGAGAAAAAAUUACCAGGACUUGAUUAUACUCCAUGGCAAUUAUUUUGGAUCAAAUUAGCUCAAAUGUGGUGCACUAAAUACAGACCACAAGUUUUAAAAGAACUUAUUGUCAAUGAUCAACACAGUCCAGAAGAAUUUAGAAUCAGGGGUUCACUUUCUAAUAGCCCUGAAUUCUCAAAGGACUUCCAAUGUCCAAUUGGUUCCAAAAUGAAUCCUAUAAAAAAGUGCUCCGUCUGGUAAAUUAAAAAUUUUUUUUCAAACAUGAGAAACAAAAUAGAAUAUUCUUCUAUUAAUUGUGUUUUAUAAACUAAAAAAAAAUUGUACAUAAUUAUUUAUAAAAAUGAAGGAAGAACUUUUCCUUAUUUUUACACGUAAUAUUUUUUAUUUAUGCAACUACAAAUUAAAUUAUUUCUCAAUUUUUAUUUAUGAAACUGUAUAAAUUGGAACAGAAACAGACUUAAAAUGUAUUUCUUCAAUAAGUUAAUCUAGUAAAUAUAAUUGUUAUUAUUUUAUACAUGAUUAUUUUAUACAUUUUAAAUAUUGUAAAAUUUGUCUCUGCGUAGCGAAUAAAAUAUUAUAAAUA